AAUGUGUGUUUUAUUUUAGUUUGGUUUUCUUCGCGAAAUGCAGUAUGUGUUGCGGCAUAUAGGAUGGGUUUUAACAUGGCGUCUAUCGCGGUAUUAUGCUUGUUACUUCUUGAAAGAUUCUUGGCGUCCGAUAUGGACGAAUACACAGAGCCAGUUUUGAAUGGACUGCGAGUACUUGAACAACAAGCUUUAAGAAUUACUCCGAGCAAAAGGCAGCCUAACAUCUUGACCAAACACCGACAGUUGACAAGACUUUAUUUGUUUUCUCGAGACAGCAUUUCGGAAGGUCUAAGAUUAGAUUUGCAUAAUGAUGAAGGAUUUCUGUACUUCAACCCACAUCUGGAUACCAAAAUCAUAAUUCACGGAUUUAUGGAUAAAGCAAGAAUUGCUGAUUGGAUGCACGCUAUGAAAGAUGAAUUUCUUUUAUUGGAUGACCUCAAUGUGAUAAUUGUCGACUGGAGUUACGGGAAUUUCAUACCUUAUACUAGAGCAGCUGGAAACACACAGCAAGUUGGUGAAGAGAUCUCUGAAGUAUUAAAAAUAUUAAUUAAUCAGUUUGGAGCCAAGCCGAGUAAAUUUCACCUGAUAGGACAUAGUUUGGGCUCUCAUGUUGCAGGACAUGUUGGUGAACGAGUAAAAGGUUUACAGCGUAUCACAGGUUUGGAUCCUGCAACAUAUCUCUUCAGUAACAUCUCACCGAGAGGCAAACUUGAUCGAUCAGAUGCUGUUUUCGUGGAUGUUAUUCACACGGACGCUGGAGGUAUUGGAAUGGUUGAGACAGUUGGCCAUGUGGAUUUUUAUCCGAAUGGUGGUGAAGUGCAACCACAAUGUACUGCCUCAAAUUCGUUGAAAACACUAUUAGAACGAGGGGUUGUAGAAGGUGUUCGCGAUAUGAUCUGCAGCCACAUGAGGGCGCCAAUGUUGUUCAUAGAAACCAUAAACCGUCGACACUGCCAGAUGCUUGCUCACAAGUGCUCGAGUUGGGAUGCUUAUUUGAGCGGACAAUGCGAUACCUGUAAUGAAACAGGAAACGGAUGUGCUUAUAUGAGUUAUCAUUUGGAUAUGAAACGGAAUUAUGGAAACGACUCUAAGUAUUUUCUAAUAACGGCCGGUUCUCCCCCUUAUUGCGGUUACAGCUAUAAAAUAGUCUUAAAAAGAAUAACAGAAACUGGCAAAGCUGGUCGUCGGUCAGUCCCCGCUAUUUGGAAACGUGGGGAGUGGUCAGAUUCUGACAUACUUCGAAUUUCUGUUUACGGAGUCAGCGGGUCUGCCGAAUUUAAAAUAGAGGGAAAAAAAACAGGUUGGCAAGAUACUUACGUAGUUUUUAGUCACUCCUUUCUGGGUGACAUUAUCGGAGCCAUUAUACGUUGGGAAAAGAAGCCAUUAUCCAGGGUCAGAGGGGUCAUGAAUAUGAUUUCUCAUGUCAUUCAGCGAGAGGCUCCAUUGCCUUACAUCUACGCCAUUCUUAUUUCCCCCUUGAAGGAUCCCAGUUCGUGGCAAGCUCUCUAUUCAGUGACAGAAUUGUGUGUCAGUCCGAUGUUACUCAAUCAGCGAGACCAACAAGGAGCAACGUUUCGCAGUGAAUUUUGCUAAUUGUCUCGCAUUAUCCUGGAAUCGAUACUGAACAUGCUCAAAAAGAAAACUUAUCAAAAUAUUUUUUAUUUAUUAUUUUUUGUUUAUCAUAUUAGUGAUUUAAUCUUGCGUAAAACGUGCAUAUUGUGGAAUUACAUAUACUUUUUCAAAAUGCUAAAAAUCUUUGUUGCUGCAAUACACAACACAUUUGUCAGUAAAAACUGUUGCAACAAUAAAAUCAGUAUA